CACUUUUCUAUCACCGUUGGAACUUGAAUGUUUUAUCUAAUACGAGAGUACAGUAGACCUAUCAGUCAUGGAUCAAGAGCGCCCAAUGAGAAGUGUUUCUUGUAUACCUGUAUUUUUACCAUGAAUGCUGUGGCAUCAGAAAUCGCAGUCUAGAGAGAGAAAGAGAUAGCAACUCACACACAGUUUGGGGAAAAGGGUGGAGGAAGGAGGUGCUCGAAGAAUGAAAGUGUGUGCCAUCAGGAGAGCAAAUCUAAGAGAAGUAGUACACUUACCAACACCGAGACUUCAAAAGGAGAACUGGGUUUGUUCUUCUUCUUCUUCUACUCAAACAGAAGAAAAUGGGCAACUGUGGUACUAGAGAGGAAUCUGCUGUUGUUUCUCAUGCUCAUCAAGCAGUUCAGCAGCUCCACAUGAUAUCGAUGCCAGGUAGAACUGCUGGUGCUCCUCCAGAGAGGAAGCAGAGUCGGUCCACCUCAGAUCUGUGCGAUCCUUCUUUGGCGACAUUGAACAUUGAGGACUCUAGGAAGAAUGCUGUGCUCUAUACCCAUGUCAUUGCAUUUACCCUAUUCGAGCUCGAAACCAUUACUAAGAGCUUCCGACCGGACUACAUUUUGGGGGAAGGUGGUUUUGGAACUGUGUACAAGGGUUACAUAGAUGAGAAUGUGAGGGUUGGCCUCAAAUCUCUUCCUGUUGCUGUCAAGGUCCUCAACAAGGAGGGCCUUCAGGGCCACAGAGAAUGGCUUACGGAGGUUAACUUUCUCGGGCAGCUCAGGCAUCCUAAUUUGGUGAAGUUGAUUGGAUAUUGCUGUGAGGAUGAUCACAGAUUACUUGUUUAUGAGUUCAUGUUCCGAGGAAGCCUUGAGAACCACUUGUUCCGAAAGGCAACUGCUCCAUUAUCUUGGUCAACAAGAAUGAUGAUUGCUCUUGGGGCGGCGAAAGGGCUUGCUUUCCUUCACAAUGCUGAAAGGCCUGUUAUCUAUCGGGAUUUCAAGACCUCUAAUAUAUUGUUAGACUCUGAUUAUACAGCCAAGCUUUCUGAUUUUGGGCUUGCAAAAGCUGGGCCACAAGGUGAUGAGACCCAUGUAUCAACGAGGGUGAUGGGUACAUAUGGUUAUGCUGCCCCCGAAUAUGUAAUGACUGGACAUCUGACUGCCAGGAGUGAUGUAUACAGUUUUGGAGUUGUUCUUCUAGAGCUAUUGACAGGAAGAAAAUCUGUUGACAAGACAAGACCAAGCAGGGAGCAGAGCUUGGUGGAUUGGGCGCGGCCAAAGCUUAAUGACAAGAGAAAAUUGCUGCAAAUAAUAGACCCUAGAUUAGAUAAUCAGUACUCAGUAAGGGCAGCACAGAAAGCCUGCAGCUUGGCAUACUAUUGCCUAAGCCAGAACCCCAAAGCAAGGCCCUUAAUGAGUGAUGUGGUUGAUACUUUAGAGCCUCUACAAAGCGGCAAUGUUGGCACAAACGAAGUUACUUUAUCAUUGUCAUCAACCCCUGCCCUGAUGGGUGGUGGUGGUCCAUUUGCCAUGGGGGCCAUCCCUGAUCACCGAAUGCGCAAAUUGGCUGGCAGUGUUGGUGCUGAUGCUUUUUGUCGGUCUCCGAACCCUAAUUAUUCAUCGGGCAGCCCUGCAGCAUGUCGGGUUAGAUGAGAAAUGUCACAUAUUUGUACAUCUUUUUUGUGUGCCUUUCUUCUUUCACCCCCUUGUGAAAUGACAAAAUUUGCUUGUUAAAACAUGGGCGCAUUUUCUGUUUUGUACUCGAUGAUGUACAUGGUAAUGGUGACCCAGGCCUGUGUUAAUUAUUUCUGUCCUGACAUUUCCUCUUUUCAAUGUCUUGUGGUGGUUCUUUACCAGUUAAAUUACAAUGUGAAAAGCUAUAUUGUAAUUGCCGUUGUAGGUAAAUGCCAAAUUCUAUAAUUAAAUUUUUGUUUUCUUUUUC